CACCAGGUUCAUGAUGGAGGCCCACCGCUGCCGGUCACGCUUCUACGCGCCAGUUCUCCUGCGUUGGAGAACCCGGCCCCCUUCCUCCUUCUCCAUGGUCAAUUGCGGGCUUGGUUGAGCCUCUUUUCCCUUUUGCCAACUGAAAUUCUCGGCCAAAAAUCGGACUGCAAUGCCAUUCUUCGCCAACACGCCAGAAGCUCGACUCGGCCGCUCCGACUCCAAGGACGCGUCGACAACAUGCAGGGGCAUCACGUCGAACGGCCGACCAUGCCGACGCCCGAUCGCGGCGGAAGAUGCACCCUCGGGCAGCACACGUCUGAAACCCGGGAAUAUUCGCACCGAUGACCCUACCGACGAGAGCUUGUAUUGCUGGCAGCACAAGGAUCAAGCGAGCGCCUCGGCAAAGUCGAGUUCGGGGCCUAGGAUGUCUCAUACGCCCAUCCUCGAGGAGCGGACCAGCUUGGAUACUCUGGCCGAGCGCCUCGGGCUCGUCCGCACCCAGUCUGAGAAGCCGCAGAAGGGAUCCGGCAGGCCCGGUGGAAAAGGGACCCAGCGGCCAGCUCAGAUGGCGCGCCCGAAGCCAAGGAAGGAGACCACCUUUUGCUGCUGCUUCCGCAUCUCGCUUGAAGAAGUCCAGCCUCCUCCGCGCCCGAGCCCGCAUCCGGUGCAACCGACGACGUCGGUGUCCACUCCACCGAGGCCGGGCGGCAGGAAGGAGUCGGGCCAAUACUUAUCGCCGCCCUCACCGCCACGACCACGACCAAACUCGUCCGGCCAAGCAUCAGGACGCCACUCGCGCCGAGGCUCGGAAGCCUCUCAGACAGCGCAGUUUAUGUCCCUGAUUCCCCACGACGCCUCUCCGCAAACAGCCUCUCAACUCUUGGCCGAGCUCGCAAAACCCAUCUCCCCGCAGGACGAGCCGGGAUACAUCUAUAUCUUCUGGCUGACCCCGGAGUCCGAACCGUCCACACCCCCCGCGGAAGCGGCUCGCUCGCUUCUCGCACCCCCAUCCACACCUAGGAGCCGCAGCCGCCGACCAAGCGACGUCCUGGCCUCGUUUGCCCGCGAGCAGGAGCAAGAAGAGGAGGUGGAGGAGGAGGAGGACGACGACGGCGACGACCGACACGGCGUGAGGGGCAGCGGGGGGAGGAGGAAGAAGAAAACGAAGAAGAAGAAGACGAUCCUCCUCAAGAUCGGCCGCGCCAACAACGUCCAGCGCCGCCUCAACGAGUGGCAGCGCCAGUGCGGCUACAACCUCUCGCUGAUCCGCUACUACCCCUACGUGCCCUCCGGGGGCAGUCCCGGCGGGGAGACUUCUUCGUCGGCCGCCGCCGUGCCGCGCAAGAUGCCGCACAGCCACAAGGUCGAGCGGCUCGUGCACAUCGAGCUGGCCGGCCGCGGGCUGCGGGUCGCCGACCGCGAGAAGUGCGAGGCCUGCGGGCGGGAGCAUCGCGAGUGGUUCGAGGUCGAGGCGUCGAGGUCGGCCGUGGCCGAGGUCGAUGAGGUCGUGAGGCGGUGGUCGGAUUGGGAUGAGGGGUUGAUCUGAGGAGUGCGUGUGCUGGGGGAAGAAGAAGCAAGGAAUGAGAGGUUAGAAGGCGGUGUUGUUGCCCCUUGCAUUUGCGGUGCAGUGCGGUGCAUUGCGUCUGGCGUUGCUUUCGGCGAUUAUUAUUAUUAUCAUUAUCAUGGUUCGCCAACCAGUGGAGGCGUUUAUAAUACCACCACCUGAACAGGGAUCUGGGGCUCCGUUAUGUCUUGACUCAUCAGCGGCCAG